AUGAUUCAACUUGAUCAUAUACUUGCUGUUAAUGGUUCAAUGAUUAGAAAUGGAUCAUUGAAUGAUCAUACUAACUAUAUUAGCAUGAAUAAUUUUGAAUGGGACGCUUCACGUGAUUAUUGGCGACCAAAAUAUGCACUUGGUGAUAAGACGACAACAAGAGAAGAAACAUCCCGAAGUGCUCCUCCACCUCGAACAUUACCAGUAAAAACAUUAGGAUCAGUUAGAAAAAAACGUCCAAUUAUUUAUGUAUUCUAUAUAGAUCUUAAUAAGCCAAGAGAAGCCUUUGUCGAACCACGCCGUGAACCAACACCCUCUCCACCGCAACCACCACCACUAUCAGUGCCUAAUAUUGAUCAUGAAGAAAAUAAUUAUUCACAACAAAUUCCAACUACAGAAAAUAAAGUGAUCACAACUCAUUCAUCAAUUGCUAUGUUUAUUAGUGAAAUACCAGUUCGUUGUUAUGGACAAAAAUCUAUUAAAUGGAUACGAAAUUUAAAUAAUCAAACAACAGUUGAAGAUAUAAUUUUAUCUGUAUUACCAUCAUGUAAUCCAAAGAAUUAUUCACUUUAUAUUCGUACAGGUCAUCAUCGACAAAUUUUAAAUAAUUCAUCACGUAUUUAUAAAAUAGUUGCAUUAUUUAAUCAGCAACGUUGUGCUCGACGUUUAUUUUUUGAAAUACGUUCAAUAGAAUCUUAUCAAUUAGAUAAAAAGAAACAUGUUAGAUUUGCUGAUGAAAUAAUUGUACAAAAUAUUCAAGGUCGUUGUAUAUCAAAUGAAAAAACUACAUCAAAUAUGAUUGAAACAAUAUCACUACCAAUUGAAAAACGUCUUGAAAAAUUAAAAGAAAAUUUUCAAAAAUAUGUUCAACAUAAACAAGAAAAUUAUACGAAAUUAUCAUCGAUUUCAAAACGAUCAACUUUAAGUAUUAUCAAUGAAAAUAUCCCUAAACAUGUUUCCGUACAAACAGCUACAAUUCGACAAAUUUCACAUUCAUCAAGUGAAUCGGGUAUCAGUUCAAGUUCAUCUAAUGAUGAUUUUGUCGUACCAACAACAACGUUAGAAACACUUGUUUAA